AUGCUUCGCAGCUUGUCUUUCUCCCUGCAAAGGGAGAACCGAACGGCCCUGUUCACAAGAGAGACGCCCCGGGCCGGCCCCGGCAGCGCCGUCGUCCGCGUGCUCUCCGCAUAUGUCAUAUCCUACGCGAACGAGAUAUACGGGCUCAAACGCCCUCACGGCCUGCCCACCCCGUUCGUCCCGGGCUCCGGCGCCAUCUGCCGGGUCGAGGAGGUCGGCCCGGACGCAACAUCCGUCGCCCCGGGCCAGCUCGUCCUCUUCGACACGAUGAUCCGCGCCCGCGACAUCCCCCACGAGUUCUACCUGUCCGGGGGCCCUCGCGGGAUCCCCCUGGAGAGCUGCCUCCCGCUGGACGAGGACCGCCUCGUCCGGGGCCUGGGGUACACAAUCGACGACCUGGCGCACCUGAUCCCGCCGAUGGUCCCCUACGGCGGCCUGCGCGACCUCGGCCUGCUGGCCGGCGAGACGGUCCUGGUCUCGCCCGCGACGGGCAAGUACGGAGGCGCCGCCGUGCACGUCGCGCUGGCGCUCGGGGCGAGGGUGGCGGCCAUGGGGCGCAGGGAGAAGAGCCUCGCGAAGCUGGCCAAGCUGGGCGGCGGCCGGGUCUCGACGGUUCGGAUCACGGGCGACGCGGACGCGGACGCCGCCGCGAUCAAGGACAAGGCAGGGGGCCUGGUGGACGUGUGGAUGGACCUGUCGCCGCCCGAGGCGAGCGGGUCGUCGCACUUCAAGAGCUGCAUCCAGGCGCUCAGGUUUGGUGGGCGCAUCAGCCUGAUGUGCGCCGUGGCGGGUGUAUCGCUGGAUAUCUCUGACAUCACCUACCGGGCGGCGACUGUCAAGGGGACGAUGAUGUGCUCCCGUGAUGAGGCGUUGCAGGUGGUCAAGAUGGCUGAGGCGGGCGUGCUACCUCUGGGGCCAAAGGCUGGGCCAAACAUAGUCGGCAAGUUUGGGCUGGAUAGCUUUCAGGCUGCACUGGAAACCGCUGCAGAACAUAACGGGCCUGGCGAGAUGGUUGUUGUGAAGCCUUGA